AUGAACGGUUUUGCAGACCGCGGCCUUGAUGAGGAUGCCUUUGGGGAGAAAAAGGGCCUGACCGCCAAAACCAAGCCGAGUUAUACUCGGCGAACCUCCGCUGGCGGCUAUGCUACCAUCAUCCUGGUCUUGAUAUCUACCUUACUCUCCUUUACCGAGCUCCGCCGUUGGUAUGCUGGCCAAGAGACCCAUUUGUUCUCUGUCGAGAAGGGCGUGUCCCACGACCUUCAGAUAAAUCUGGACAUUGUUGUUUCGAUGCAAUGCGCCGACCUCCAUGUCAACGUGCAGGAUGCUUCAGGCGAUCGUAUCCUUGCUGGCGAUCUUUUGAAAAGAGAUCCUACAAGUGGAAACCACUGGAUUGAUAUCGACAGGGGCGUCUUCAAGCUGGAACAGGGGAUGGGAAUAGAAGAGCAGGAGAGAGAUACUCAUGUGGGACACGUGCUAGGCGAAGUCAGAAGUAGCAAACGAAAAUUCAAAAGGACUCCUAGAUUGGGCAGACGAGAGCAGCCGAGUGCGUGUAGGAUAUACGGAAGUAUAGAAGGCAAUAAAGUACAAGGGGAUUUUCAUAUCACAGCUAGAGGUCACGGCUAUCAAGAAAUAGGCGAACAUCUUGAUCAUACUGCGUUCAAUUUUUCACACAUCAUUAACGAGUUAUCUUUUGGGCCAUUGUACCCUUCAAUACAGAAUCCACUUGACAAAACUUACGCUCUCGCCGACAACCACUUCUACAAAUAUCAAUACUACUGUUCAGUAGUGCCGACCAUCUAUACUCGCUCACCGAAUCCGAACCCCGCGAACCCUAUGUCAACUUCCAUCUUCACCAACCAGUACGCCGUUACCUCCCAAUCACACGAGGUACCAGAAAGACAAGUGCCUGGCAUCUUCUUCAAAUUCGAUAUCGAGCCCGUACUUCUGACCAUCAGAGAAGAGCGAGGUGGCUUCAUUCAGCUGGUCGUGCGAGUAGUCAACGUUGUGAGCGGAGUCUUAGUCGGUGGCGGAUGGUGCUAUCAACUCAUGGGCUGGGCAAGAGAUGUAGUGUCCGGAAAGCGAAAACGAAAGAGCGAAGGUAUGAUCAACGGAAAUGCCUCGUUACAUGAUGAGGACGAGUAG